AGGAUUUGAAAUAGAAAAAAAAAUGGAUCGCGUAUCGAAAUUUAUCGAUCUAUCAUUCGGGAACCACAUUUGUAUCGGUCUGACCGUGAGAUUGGUGUUCAUAUUAUACGGGAAUAUACACGAUAGGUUUUCCGUAGUACCAUACACUGAUGUUGAUUACAAAGUUUUCACGGACGCUGCGAGACAUUUGGUGGAGGGUAACUCGCCCUAUCUCCGGCACACUUACAGAUACAGCCCUUUGAUCGCGUAUCUAAUGAUACCUAACAUUAUUGUCGGGAGAGAAUUCGGAAAAAUCCUUUUUUCCGUUUUCGAUAUAUUUCUGGCGGCUGCCGUCAAAUCUCUGGUCGAACGGCAAUUGGGCGUCGCGAAAUAUGCUUCCGUCACAGCUAAAUACUGUGCCUUAUCUUGGCUCUACAAUCCUCUAAGUAUAGGCAUCUCGACUCGAGGCAAUGCCGAUUCAUUCCCGUGUUUCUUGAUCGUCCUAUCGAUAUACUUCCUUCAGUCGAACGUAUUUAAAAAUUCUAUAACCAACAUCGUCCUAUCAGGCUUCUUUUUAGGUUCCGCAAUACAUCUACGCUUGUACCCGUUAGCCUUCACUUUCCCUAUGUAUCUAUCUUUAGGAAAAUAUAAGAUAAAUCGUAAUACCCCAAUCAAAGAGGGUCUAGUUUCAUUGCUACCCAACAAGAACCAAAUGAUUUUAGCCUUUAGCUGCGUUACAAGUCUUUUAUUUAUAACGUACGCUAUGUACUUGAGAUACGGUUACGAAUUCUUAUUCGAAACAUAUAUUUAUCAUCUCCUCAGGAAAGACACUAGGCACAAUUUCUCUAUACUAUUCUACUAUACGUAUUUAACGAAAGAUCAGAUGUCAUUUGAUAUUGUCAAAAUAUUGGCACAGGUUUCCAAGUGCGUUCUACUUUUCCUGCUGAGUCUGAAUUACGGUUGUGACCCAAAAACAUUACCGUUCGCAAUGUUCGCGCAAGCCGUCGUGCUGGUCGCUUAUAACAGCGUCAUGACAUCACAGUACUUUAUUUGGUUCCUCUCGUUAUUACCAUUGGUAUUAAAAGACUUCAAAAUGGAACCAGGUAAAAUUGUUUACUUGGUUUUCCUCUGGAUAGCGACUCAAUGUGCUUGGUUGUUUUUCGCGUACCAAUUAGAGUUCAAAUGCAGGCAGGUUUUCAUGUUGAUCUGGUGUCAGAGCGUUAUGUUCUAUGGCAGUAAUGUUUUUAUACUGACGCAGCUUAUAAAGUACUACCGCCCCGGCUACGCAUUCGGGAUAAACGAAUCUGGCAAAGGAAUAAAAGAGAAAUGAAUUGUUUUUUUUUUUUUUCGUUUAUUGUUUUGAGAAUCAUGACCUACACUAAUUUUGUUAAAAGCUUAAUUCUAUCAAAUUGAUAGCCUUUCGAAUUUUAAAAAACUUAGUGUAAGUACAUACCGUUUUAGUAGAUUCAUAGUUUGUUUUGUCUUGUAGAUAGGUUUGUUUUUUUUUUGUUUUAAAUAAAACACGUUUGUUGCAUUUA